UGAAUUCGUAAGAGUUGAAGCCAGAGCUCCAAUUCUCAAACUAUAAUAUUAUAAGAAAGAUUUAGUCAGUCAUGCUAGGCAAGAGACCUACUCCAGUGAUUGGGAACCUGACCAAUUCUUUCUUUUUAGGCAAACGGACGGCCGGGCUAAUGGAUGUUGCCACUAGCCCCAGAAGUCCAUUGGAGUUCAGGAUUCAAUCCCCCAGAGGCAUGAAGCAUUAUGAUCUUGGUGGGGUUGGAUUAGGAAUCGUUGCUGCCCUUGAAAAGUCAGUUCAUGAUCAUGCAAAUGAAAAUCUUGCUACCAAGGCCUUGUCUAAUCGGAAUAUUAACCGGUCCAAUCCAAUUCCUGUUAAUCCAGCUGGGAACUUUAACGAUCGAACUAACCGCAAGGGAGGUAUUGAGGAAGCGGAGAUGGAUAGUAUGGAAGAUUAUACUUUUGUGACUUGUCGUGGACCAGGCAACAAGUCGUUUACCAGAGUGUACUAUGAUGGAGGGAGCAAAGGAUAUCAAAUAAGUGAUUUUGGUAGGGAAGGUUCAAGAAGUAACCGUCCCAGCUUGUUCACCUUAUCUCCUCCUAGAUUUGAUAAUUCUCCAGCUAUCCCGACUUGUGAUUUUCUCGAUUCUUGCAACUUAUGCCACAAGAAGCUUCAAGGCAGAGACAUUUACAUGUACAGGGGAGAGAGAGCAUUUUGUAGUACAGAGUGCAGAUACAGUCACAUGAUGAUGGAUGAACACAAAGAAAAGUGUAGCUCUGAAGCUUCAAGAUCAGUAGAAGUUUCAAGCUCACCUUACAAAAAUGGCCACGGCCAGAUACUUUCACCAGGAAUUUUUGCAAUCUAAACUAACAAAACGACACUUCAAUCAAGCAUGAAGAGUCAUGCCAUAAACGAUUAGUCCAUGUAUAUACGGGAAGAGUCUUAUACAUAUGAGGAACCACCGAUUAGAGAAAGGUCUCUUUUUCCUUUCUCCAAUUUUGGUUGCAUGUAAUAUUAAGCUUCAACCUCCAAUUUAUGAGAAUUUUGAGUUUCAUGGUAAAAGAUCUUCAGCUCAACUUUAAUUUGUCACUCGAAGUGAAAGAACAAGUUUCUUGGAGGGUUUUUUUUGAAUAUGGAGAUUGGAGAAGCAUGAAGCUGCAAAGGCUUGUCCAAAUCGAAAACCUGUUUUAUUGUCAAGAUGAUAAAAAUGAGUGAGGCCCAGGUUUUGAACCUCUA